AUGGAUCCUGAUUCAGUGAAAUCGACUCUUUCUAACUUGGCUUUUGGGAAUGUGUUGGCUGCCGCGGCUCGCGACUAUCAAAAGGAAAUUCUGGCUAAUGAGAAAGCGCAAUCAUCGAGCUCUGUUAACCAGGAAGUCGAUCUGGAUGAAUUGAUGGAUGACCCCGAACUGGAAAAAUUGCAUGCUGACAGGAUUGCAUCCCUUAAGAAAGAAGCAGAAAAGCGACAAAAAUUGAAGAUGCAAGGCCAUGGCGAGUACAGGGAGAUUACAGAAGCAGACUUUUUGAGUGAAGUUACAGGCAGUGAAAAAGUGAUUUGUCAUUUCUACCACCGAGAGUUCUACCGUUGCAAGAUUAUGGAUAAACAUUUGAAGUCCCUUGCUCCCAGACAUUUUGGUACCAAAUUUGUCAAACUGGAUGCUGAGAAUGCUUCUUUCUUUGUUGCUAAGCUUGCCGUCAAAACAUUGCCAUGUGUCAUACUCUUCAGGAAAGGAGUAGCAACGGAUAGGGUGGUUGGGUUUCAAGACUUGGGAGGGAAAGAUGACUUCUCAACAAGGACACUUGAGAUUCUCUUGGUAAAGAAAGGAAUAAUUGAGGUGAACAAAAGAGAGGAAGAGGAUGAUGAUUACCUUGAAGGUCAACAUAGGACAGUGAGAUCAUCUGUGAAUCAAGAUUCCGAUUCUGACUGA